GGGGGGGCCGACCUUGUGCCUACGUAGAGACGCAAAAGAAGAACCAAAAGUAGCGUAAGCGCCAAAGCCAUCCUUGUCUAUUCCAUCCAACGGCUGUCCAAAAACUUCAGCCUCCACCGUCGAUCCCAUCCGUCGACCCCUUUGCUGCAUUUGUUGAUCAGCUUUGUCCCUUAGUCUAGGCGUUGUUUUUGUUGGUUGAUUUCUAAGUUGCGAUUUCUUGUUACCCCUUUUUUUCUCUUUCUUUCUCUUUUUAUGCUUUGCAUUUUGAUCCUUUGGCUACACCCCCAUUGCUGAUCAUUGCCAUUGCCAUUGCCAUUGCCAUGGCUACAAUGCUGGUGCCGCCAUGGCUAGAGUCAUUGCUAAGUACUGCCUUUUUCACAGUAUGCAGAAGUCAUGGAGAUGCAGGUAGGAGUGAAUGCAACAUGUAUUGUUUAGACUGUAAAGGAGAUUCAUUUUGCUUUUAUUGCCGUUCUUCUAAACACAAGGAUCAUCAAGUAAUUCAGAUAAGGAGAUCAUCAUAUCAUGAUGUAGUGAGGGUUACAGAGGUUCAGAAAGUGUUGGAUAUAAGUGGGGUACAAACUUAUGUGAUAAAUAGUGCCAGGGUUCUAUUCUUGAAUGAAAGGCCUCAACCAAAAUCUGGGAAAUUAGGAGUUUCUCAUUUAUGUGAAAUCUGUGGAAGAACACUCUUGGACCCUUUUCGUUUUUGCUCAUUGGGUUGUAAGCUUGUAGGAAUAAAGAGGAAUAUUGGGAAUGCAAGUUUUAACAUAGAAGAAGAAGGCAUAAUAAUAUCGAAGGAAGAAGAAGAAGAAGAAAUGCGUGAAGGGUCACAACGAGACAUUAACCCUUCGACGCCUCCCCCACCUCCUUCAAAUGCAAGGCGAAGAAAAGGAAUUCCUCACCGAGCACCGUUUGGGUCCUAAAACCCAACUACUAUCAACUAUUUUAUAUAUACCAAAUAUUCCUUUAAUUACUUAACCUUAUAUUUUCCUUUUGUUUUUUUUUUUUUCAAAAGAGAGGGUACAUUACACUUAUUUUGGGGUUUUUAAUUUGUAAAAUUUUCCUAACUAAAGGGAGAUGUUAGGGUAUUUUAAUUUGGUUAGGAAGUCCCAGAAAUAAAAACAAAAGGGCAAGUGAGUUUUGGCUUUUUGGAAUUGGGGAAUUGGGUCCCAUUUUACAACAAUUUCUUCUAUAUAAAUAUUGUAAAGAAGGUCAAUAAUGUCAAGGAUUUAGAAACGUUAAUUAUUGAUA